UUGUGGGCUGUGCCUUCAAUACUUCCACUCGCAAAUUUUGUCAUUUAUGAGAUAAGAAAUGUAUUUCAGAGCAUGCGUUACUCGAUACCUUUAAAGCGCAUUACUAAAUGAAGAUGCUAAUCGAACACGAUCAGAUGUGUUACAUUUUAUUCUAUGAUUUCUUAUAGAAACGUUCUUUCUUUAUUUCGUUGUAUUUUGAAAAGGCUUUAGUUUAGUUCUUUGUCUACCAUAGUAAAAGAAGACUUUUUAUCGCAUGGUGAAAGUUGCGCUUGCGAAGACAGCGCGAUCGAGGUGCGCGCGAGGAGCAUCACUGCGCGUGAACGUGAUGAACACAGAUGAUCAUUUAAUGAUAUCAAACACAUCAAAUCACACCAACAAGGAUCGUCUCAUGAUAUCAAACACAUUAUCCCCCAGUGCUGCCGAACGGACCAAAUGAUGAUUAUCCCAGAACGCGUGCCGACAGCUCGUGCGUCUGAUUUCACCAGCCUGAUGGACUGACAGCUGAAGAACUAAAAACAGAGAAGAAAUGGAUGUGUCUCUCCAAAGGAGUUUGAGUGUUUUGGAUCGUCUUCUCCUUACACACUCCAUAUGGUUGCAGCUGUCCAUCAACCCUGCCUCUACUCACCAAAUCCUACAGAGAGAGAUAGUCGGGACAUUUCUGGUGUGUAAAUGUAGCGCCUCCCACAGGAAGGUUCUUUGUGUGCGAGUAGGGGAGUCCGGUGUGUGUGUAUCACAGUAUCCCAUCCGAGAAGAAGACUCCACAUUUUCUUUAGAAUGUUCAGCCCUAAGCUUCCCGGAUCUCUGCAGACUUGUUGCCUUUUACACAGUCAGCAGAGAUGUGUUGCCUUUUCCUCUUGAGCUCCCAGAAGCAAUUGUACAGGCAACAACACAUACACAGCUGGAAAUCAUUUCACAUUUGGGUUUGGAGUUCUGGAGUUCUCAGACAUCUCCUGGCCUUCCAAAUGGUCCCCCUCCACCUUCAACACCCCACCGAACGCCUAGAGUCAUCAGCCCCUGUUUCAUUAACCCCCUGUUCCUUCAACCACCCCAGCCCAGCAGAGCCGCCUCACAUAAACGCCACCGCUUCAAGCGCAGCCUCAGGGUCCGUGUGUCCAAUGAAAACUCUCUCAGUCUGUCAGGUGGAGAAUCGGAUUUAACGCAGGGGGAGACACCUAAAGACAAUUCCAGCCAGGAUGGCCAGAGGAGGACAGGAGGGAUGAGCAUGCUUAGGAGGACCCAAGCUCUGUCUCCCACCUCAGAAGAGGAGGACGAACAGAUGAUGGGACAAAUACCGCCUAGUAACUUUAUACCCCAACGGGACAAUGAUGAACCUGAAGAUGGUGAGGUUUGCCUUGCUUUGGAAAGAACUCGUGCUCCUUCUCUUGCUGAACUGGACAGCAAUAGCUCUUUUAGCAGUCUGGAAGAAGAGGACAACCUGGUGGACUCCGCCGAACAAUGGCCUCCUGCCGCACGAGGUACUCGAUUCCCCUCUGCGAACCCCACCUCCACCUUGCGCCGCAUGACUGCCGCCUUCGUCUGCGUGUUUGCUCCUGAACGACGAGUUGCCCGAUUGGUAGAUGAACUCUCCCGCGACAGACGCUCUACAUUUGGGUCAUUGGUGCAAGAUUUUCUAGAGAAACAGAGGCAGGAGAUAGAGGCCUCAACCUCUAGUUCUGCUGUCAAGAUUCUUGAAGGGUUGAGGAGAUUUCUGUCCCAAGCCAAGAGCCUCCUUCUGGAAGCAGGAGAAAUUGAGCCUCCGAUUGAGACGUUGGUGCCUGAGAAUGAGAAAGAUCUGGCUCUGGAGAAAGCUCUGUUUGGCUGUGUGUUAAAGCCGUUGAAGGUUCAGCUGCACCAGACGCUCGUCUCUCUGCACACUCUGGACGGCUCCUUACAGAGGAUCACAGACAGCAUGUUGGCCUGCCAGGAGGGGGCGCUAGAGCGUUUGGGUGUACGAGUGGGGGUCCUGGAUAUUCGAGGCAUAGACCGAGCAAAGACAAAGCUCACACUAAUGCAACGAAGCCAUUCGCCUAUUGAUAAGGUGUUGCUUUUGCUGCAGGUGUGCAAGAGUGUGUACAAAGCCAUGGGGACCCAACCUGAUCAGCCAGUGGGGUCAGAGGACUUCCUUCCGGCAUUGGCCUAUGUCCUAGUGCAAUCUAACAUCCCACAACUACUGCUGGAGACGGAGUACAUGAUGGAGUUGCUUGAUGCAUCAUGGCUGACAGGAGAAGGUGGAUAUUAUUUGACAAGUGUGUAUGCCAGCCUGUACCUGAUCCAGAGCAAGCCUGGGACCACGCCCACCUGUAGUCUAACCAGUGAGACUCAAGAAAGCUUGCGUGAGUGGAGCAGGAGGCGGGGCCAAGAGGCCAAAACCCAGAAAGACAAUCAGCAGAAACAGAGGUUCGUACGUGUGUUAUUUCAGGACGACAGUCGUAGUGCAAUGCGAACACUUCUCUGGAAGGCGGGGGAAAAUGUAGACGCUUUAGCCCAAAUUUGCGCAGGGCUCUUUGGUGUGAAGGAGCCCCAGCACUACUGUCUGUUCUGGAGGAAUGAAGGGGAAAUGCGCACUCUACCUGCCAAUUUUCAGCCUCAUGAACUGGGCAUGCAUGAGGGGGUUUCUCUGUCCUAUCUCCGCUCCGAUCACGACUUCAGCAAGAUGCGCAGACUGACCAGAGGGGGUGCUGUGGAUCUGGGGGAGUCGGUGUGUGAGGAGUAAGGAAUUCUGAUGUUUUAUGCUAUGGGGAUUAUGGAUGUUAUAUAAUUAUUUUUUAUGUGUGUGUGGUUUGUGUAGGCAGGAAGUACAACAGCAGUGUAAAUGAAUCAAACUUACAGGUGAUCCAAGGGUGAGAUGGUAACAAUGCAAAAAGCAAUAUCUGCUAAAGAGACUUGCUGUGGAAAGUCCAGUAAUCUGAGUUUCAAUUGUUGCUUAUUGAUUGGCUUGUCAGAAGUGUUUAUUGCCAAAAACAAUACCAAAUGUAUGUAUGUACGCAUCUGACAUGUUGUAUGUGUGAUGGACUGAGUAUGUUGUGUUUUAUAGUAACAUUAAGGGAAUAGACACACGUUGUUACAAAAGUGUGUGCUUUUAUUUUUGCUUGGGACACAAAAAGUACAUUAAAAAUGGAUAUGUUCUUACCAUAUAAUAACAUUUAUACUGCCUAAGGGUUGUCAAGCUCUAAAAAAGGCAAGACACCAAAUUGCACUGAUUCACUAUGCUUGACAGCCUGUUUUUUAAAAACUGUCAUUGAUAGCUGUGAAAUGAUUCUUAACAGUGUCUUUUGUUAUCUUCCAUGGGAAACUACAGCAAUUUUUUGGAACUACAUUAUAGAGUAAAUAAUGCAAGAAUGUUCAUUUCCGGUCCAUAACAUAUACUAUACAGUACAUAAAUAUGUGAACACAAAUGCUUCUUGCUCCAAAAUGUGUCACAAUAAAAUUUUGUAGAGCCAGAAUUUAAAAUUCUAAAAUAUUUCCACAAUUUUUUAUCAACCUUUCCCUCAUUCUUACAAUUCGUGGCUACUAAAGUAUUACUUGAACUUUAGUAGAUGAGCUGAACAUUGACUUGGAUUUUUACAUUCCAGAAUAAUCUGAGUAGUUUAUUAAUUUAUUUCUUUAUUUUUGUUUAUUCUAUAAAGAGGGAUGUAGUGAUUAACUUUAUAAUUAUGUGAAUAUUCCAUGUAAAUAGACUCAGAAGAACACAUAAUAAAUGCUAUAUUGUGUCGCAAUAUACAAAUUUCACCUUGGUGAGCAGAUAAACACGCAGAGCUUGACUUAAAAUGCCAUCGUGAAGAUAAUUCCAAUGCUGUUGAGCAAGUAAAGUUCAGAAAUGGAACAACAGUGGAGGUUUUCUGCUUUCAAUGGCCACAAAGUAUGAAAAUGAUUUUUUUAAAGACAGAUUCUAAUUAUAGAUUAUAGUUCUGAGCCAGGGUCAUUUUUAGAAAAUGGGGAAAUGUGUUCCUAAACAGUUCAGUAAAAUGAUAUCAUUUUAAAAUGUAGAUACUGAAUUAGAAAAAACAUAAACAAAAUCAGCCAUAAAAAGGCUGAAACUAUUUCAAGAUUUAAGGAUAAUAUUUUUGAUUAAAAUGAUCAUUUUUAAAAAUACAGUCAAAAAUAUGAUGUAAAAAUUAUUAAUCCAUUAUUUUAAAAGGAAUGUUAAUGACAAAAUCCUUAAGGUAAAUGUUUUUAAGUAAAAAUGCACAGUGAAUUGAUUAUAUUUUAACUUAAUGUUUAAAUUAACUUGACGUUAAACAAAAUAUACAUUAAAAGUUUCUUUACCUGUGAUUGUCAUUAAGCCAUAAAGACACAAAUAUCACUAUUUUCUGAGAAAGACCUACCACAUGACUGUUCCAUCAAAUGUUAGUUUUCUUAUUUUACCUUGAAUGUGACAUUGUAACAUUUUCUUUUACAAUAUAUUCUAGAACUAUGAAUGUAAUGCUUUCUGUAAUGGUUUCUGAUUUAGAAAUGAUUUUUAAUAUUGGCGCUUUCAUUGUUAGAUCUGUUAACUCUUGACCUCUGCAUGCAUUUGUUUGUGAUGCGGUUCAUUGUAAUGCAUGAAUGAACAGUGCGCUUCAUAUAACAUCAUGCAUACUCUGCUUUUAUGAACGUUGACUGCUUAAAGAAUGGUGCUGUACUGUUGUUCACUAACAUACAAUAUUAAACUCCAAUGUUAAUGCUGACUGCUAAUAUUUGUGUUUAACACUCUCACUGGUGUGUGAACAUUGGUAACAGUUUGAUAAUCAAAGUAAAUGAUGUGUGCUUGUAGUCCACUAGAUGGCAGCAAGUGAGUAAUCAUUUCUAAUGUAGUUUGGAAAUAUUUGAAUGGUUUUGUGUUUUAUAGGAGUAAAUUGUAUUUUGCAUAAAAAAGAGAAAUGACAGUAUUGUACAGAUGCAGUGAGAAUUUUUGAUUAUAUUUUUAGUCAUCAUUCAUUACCGAAAUUCAUUACAUGAAUUUAAUGCAGUUUAAAUGGAGUUUAGGUGUGUUUAACUAAUAUGUACUUGCAUAAGAUAAAAUGUGUUGCAUACAAUGUACCUAUUGUGAACAUGUGCUGUUACAUUGUACUUACAUUUAAAGUAUCUACAA